UGCCCAAACAAAAGUUUGUCCUCUCGUCUUUCCUCACCUCAUUCUGUGCUUCCCAAGCUGUCUUUUGUUAUCUUCUUCAAAGAAUGACACAACCGGAGCUUUCAAACCUCUCUUCUUCUUCACUCCUUCACAACUGAGUCUGUAUCCACAGAAUGGCUUCUCUGCAGGAAUUGCUGGCAGAAGAAGGAUUCGAGGACGGACAGCUAUUGUCGACCACCCCAGUGAAGUAUCUCGAUAUGAUGCGAAACGAUGAGCCGAAACAAUUGCCAGUGUACUUCUGCCGUGGUCGGAAAAGCCUCGAGUUUGCAGAGCAGAAACCCUUCAGGUGCAAUAGGCGGAGGAAUAGUUCGUCAGCUUUAGUGUCGGAAAGGGCCGCUUCUAUGUCAGAGAGAUCGAAUGCUAAUAAGUCGCUGGUAUCAGAGAUAAUAGACGAGCCUGCCAUCGAUAUGGUGGCUGUCAAAGCAGUGAUCUCAAUACUAAGUGGCUACGCUGGUCGGUAUGUGAAGGAUGAGAGCUUCAGGAUUAGCAUCCGCGAGAAAUGCGGUUCUUGCUUGGCACGGAAGAAGAGGAAUACUGACGAUGAGAUCCUGAAGAGGAUCGAAACGGGUAUCGAAAGCAUCGAGAAGUUGGUGGACGAUCCGGGUAUAAAAAGAAAGGAGCUGAGGAUGAAGACCUUGAGAAACUCCAUUAGGCUUCUGAAUGUUGCCGCUACUUUGAAUUCGGAGAAAACAAAGAACGGUUCAGCUUGUGGGAUACCCAAUUCAUAUCUCUCAGCUUGCGCUCAAUUGUACCUCUCCAUUAGCUACAAGCUAGAGAAGAAUGAUAGAAUCUCAGCUAGGCACUUGCUUCAGGUUUUCUGCGAUUCGCCGUUUCUUGCUAGGACUCACUUGCUUCCCGACCUGUGGGAGCAUCUCUUCCUUCCUCACCUUCUUCACCUCAAGGUUUGGUACACAAGGGAAGUUGAAUUCCUUUCGAGCUCAGACGAUGUUGAGGACAAGAGGAAAUCGAAAUGCUUAAGCAAGUUAUACAAUGACCAACUGGAUAUGGGCACUGCUCGGUUUGCGCUGUAUUAUAAACAAUGGCUUAAAGUUGGGGUCGAGGCUCCUCCAGUUCCAGAUGUGCCUUUGCCAUUAAAACCGAGCCAUGAAUUUUCAAGGAACGUGAGACCACAAAGAAUGCGUAGCCACAGAUUGACUCGAAGGCAAUCACAGGAUUCAUAUACUUCACAUUCCUCAAUUAGUGGAAAUCUAUACCAAGCAGUAUUUGGCCCCCGACUGGAUCGACGAUCUAUGGACCUUGAGCUUGGAAGUAGAAAAUUUGGUUCGGUUGAUGAAAAGAAUCCCUGUAGUAGUGAAGAAAGCUGUAGUAACACCAGCAUCAUUCAUAACGAGACUCUUCGAAUAUCAUCAAGAAAUUAUUGCGAGAAUCAGAAACUUGAUUUGUGGCCUAAGACGCAGAAAUCAAACUACGUCUCAUUGCUUAACUGCCAAAGUGUGCCCAUCCAGUGCCUGGUUAGCACAAAUGGCAUCUCCAGCAAUAGGCAGAAUAAACUGGAAGAAAUUGAUCCCCAAGUCUCAGAUGAUCUGGGUAAAGCCAUCUCCAGUUUAUAUUGCUCAGAUAUUCUAAGUGAAUGUGAAACUGCUAUCCAUGUCAUAACAAAAGCCUGGUUGAGCUCACAUGGUGAUCACACCAUUGAAGCAUCAGUAUCGAAAGCCUCGGUCAUUGAGGGGAUGCUUGAGGUUUUAUUUGCAUCACAAGAUGACGAAGUUCUUGAGCUAGUUAUCUCACUAUUAGCAGAAAUAGUGGUGCGAAACAGGAAUAUCAGCCAGAUAGUUUUGAGCACUGACCCGCAGCUCGAGAUCUUCAUAAGGCUUUUGAAACGUUCAAGCGUAUUCCUAAAAGCUGCCAUUCUGCUUUAUCACUUGAAACCGAAGGCAAAACAGAUGAUAUCCACCGAGUGGGUCCUGCUCGUCCUUCGAGUCCUCGAGUUCGGCGACCAACUGCAGACCCUUUUCACUGUUCGUUGUGCUCCUAGAGUAGCGGCCUUCUACAUACUAAACCAACUUGUUUUCGGUUUUGACGAGGACAAAAACUUGGAAAAUGCAAGAGAUAUGGUCUCGCUUGGGGGAUUGAAUCUUCUUAUAAAGCGGAUCGAUAUAGGAGAAUUUCAAGAGAGAAUAAAUGCUGCAGUUCUCACAUCAUGUUGCAUCCAAGCUAAUGGGACAUGUCGAAAUUAUGUCGCUGAAAAUAUAAACAAGGCUUCUCUGCUUGAACUGAUUGUACUUGAAUACCAAAAGAAAUCUACUCGCGCUUUAAAUUUACUUAUUGAGUUUCUUUGCCUUAGCAGAAGGUCACAAAUAAACAAGUUCCUGUAUGGAGUAAAAAGUGGAUGGGGCGGGCUGAAUGCUAUGCACGUCUUGCUGAUCUACCUCCAGAAAGCUUCAUUGGAAAAACGCCCGCUGUUUGCCACAAUUUUACUGCAGCUUGAUCUUCUGGGAGACUGUGGGAUGUGCAGUUUAUACAGAGAAGAAGCACUCGAGGCGAUCAUAGCCGCUUUGGAUUGUCAAUUAGUCACUGAAAAUAUCCAAGAACAAGUGGCGAGAAGUCUCCUGAUGCUCGGAGGCCAUUUUCUUUUGACAGGCGAGCCAGUGACUGAACAAUGGCUCCUGCAGAAGUUGGGUUUUCCAGAAGAUCCAGACAUGGCACUCCACAGCGAAGAUACGGUUCUUGGUACUACAACGCCCAGGGACAAAGAGGAAGAGGAAACCGAAAACUGGCUAAGGAAAACAGCGCUCGUCUUGCUCAGGAAUGGCAGAAUGAGGUUUUUAACUGCCCUUUCGGGUGCAAUUGAAAAUGGUAUCCCUGUAUUGGUACGAGCUGGCAUCGUCACUGUCUCAUGGCUGAGCGGAUUUCUCCAUUUGGUCGAGGAUGGAGAUCUACAGUUGGAGGCGUGCUCGAUUUUAAUGCCACAGAUGCUAAAGUCAUUGAACUUCGAUAGAGCACUGGAGGAGAGAGUCUUGGCAUCAUCUUCGCUUCUAAAUCUCAUCAAGAGUUCAGGUUGUUUAUCGACUCUCUGUGUACUGAAUGAGGAAUCAGUGAGCCUUCUGCACAACCUCUCCCUAGUGACAUGGACGGCUGAUGAGCUCUUGUCCUUUAUCACCACCCACUCAAGGCACCCAUGCCUGUGAGCUUGAAAGGGUUUAUGCUAUAAAUGAGAUUUCAGGUUGUACACAUGCAGAAUUGGCAAUAUCAAGUCAUUCAGUGACUGGCUUCGUAAUGUUAUCAUCAGUUCCUCUUCUCUCACUUCUCUGUAACUGAGCUCUGGAGUUACUUCGAUAUUAUUUGGUAAAAUUGUACAAUACUUAAGGCGA